GUACAUACAAAGCAAGUAGCUGCGUGCAGUAUCUCGAUAACAACUGCAAGCUUGGGAGUUGUCUUGCGCGCGCAUUGAAGAUCUUUGUUACCGGCUGUGGUCGCUUCGCUAGACUUGAGCAAAAGACUCUUCCACGGGACAAUGGCCCUUCAGGAGGCCACAGCACUGCUUGGGCGCUUCAAGGAUGCUAUUGGGAAGAAGGAUCUAAGCACGGCGGACAGCCUGCUGGGCCAGCUGAAGGUCAAGCUCAUUCAACUCCCAGCCCUGCCGCCGACGUUUGAGAAGUCGGCAACAGCCCAGCAGGAACUGCUGCUGGGACGCGAGGUGCUGGAGCAGGCUGUGCUGCUGAGCUGCAAGAAGCAGGAUGAGGCGGCCAUGGAGCGCAGCUUCACGCAGCUCCGAACCUACUACAACGACACGCGCACGCUGGUGCCGGCGUCCGCCAACGAGGUGGCGAUGCAGGGCCUGAACCUGCUGCGCCUGCUGGUGCAGAACCGCAUCGCUGAGUUUCACACCGAGCUCGAGCUCAUCCCGCCCGUGGCCCAGAAGGAUCCCGCCAUACAGCAGCCGGUGCAGCUGGAGCAGUGGCUGAUGGAGGGCGCCUACAACAAGGUGCUGGCCGCCGCCAAGAAUUCCGCCAGCGAGGUGCACGGCAUGCUGCUGGCGCAGCUGGCCACCACCGUGCGCGACGAGGCUGCCAGCUGCAGCGAGAAGGCCUAUGAGCGGCUCAAGCUGGCGGACGCCCAGAAGCUGCUGCUGUUCGACAGCGAGGCCGCGGUCAAGGCCUACGCACAAGAGCACAACUGGGCGGUCGUGGACGGGUACGUUGUGUUCAAGACGGAGGCCACCGAGGGGACCACGGCGUCCAAGGCCAUUCCCUCGCUGGAGCUCAUCAACAACGCGCUCGUGUACGCCAAGGAGCUCGAGCGGAUAGUAUAAGCCUGCGCGGGCAUGGCGAGUGCAAGCAAAGCAGCGAAGAGAGGAGAGGAGGAUUGGAGUCAGAAGGACCGGUGGGCCCAAUAGGUGGCGUAUCACGAUGUUGUUUGCAACAGUUGUGAUGAGGAGCAUGGCCAUGUAGGCAAGGGCAACAUGUAACGAAUAGCGCGGAGUAAUGGGUUGUGGAUGCCCGGUUGUUGGGUGGGGCUCGCGUUACGCACUGCGUGCACUUGCCUUUUUCUGCCUCUCCAUUGGCCUCCAGUCAGUGAACAGCAGGCAGCUGGAUUAUGGAGCUAUGCCGUCAUGGGCGUCGAAGACUUGUUAACUCCAUACAGGCUGAAGUACAUGCUCAGCCGAUACCCUUAACAGGGCUGGGGG